AUGUAUCAUUUCGGGCACUCGACUUGCGCGAUUGUCCAAGAUUUUCUUGCUUCGGCCGUGGGAGCCGCCCAAGGUACCAGCGUUAGCCCGCAAUCUCCUACGGGGCAAGGCUCAGCACCGGCCGAUGAUUCCCGAGGUGGCCAGGACCCAGCGCCCGGAGGCGAUGGUGCCCACAGCGCUCCAGAGAAUAAUCCUCCCCAGGGUCGAAAAGAGGGAGUUGCCGAAGGCUCAAGCGUCGGCUUUGUUGUCCCCCAGUCUGCGCCCAUAAGCUCGUUUCCUCUGUCCGCUGAAGAGCUCGGCGUCGCUGCGUACUUCGGCGUCACCCCUGUUACGGCAACCUCGUUUACACCUGCUACUUCGAAGGACCCGGCCAUCGCGUGCGUCCUUCGCCGUCGGGCCGAUAACCUUGCGAACCUGUCUACGCUCAAGCACAAUCUCGCCGACGAGAACGGAGAGUGGGAGCACCACGUCUCGUACACCACCAUCUUCCAGCGGUCCCGAACUUUGCUGUCCAUCUUCCGCCACAAGAAUCGCGAUGCCUACUAA